AUGGACUUUGGCGAUCUCGUACAGAUGAAUGUCGGCCAAAUUCUGCAGAGUGUGCCAGUACCUCACCAAGAUUUCCGUGGAAGGACUGUGGUGAUAACUGGAGCGAACACAGGACUUGGACUCGAGGCUGCGAAGCAUAUCUACCGGCUGAAUGCGUCUGUCGUAAUUCUGGCCUGCCGAGACCUGUAUAAAGGCGACGCGGCGAGACGCAAGAUUCUGGACGAAUGUCAAACACAGUCCGCAUGCAAGCUCGAGCUCUGGCACCUUGAUAUGUCCAGCUUUGCAUCUGUGCUCAGCUUUGGCGACAAACUCAAGACACUCCAGCGGCUUGAUGCCUUCAUCGCCAAUGCCGCGGUGUCCACAAACGUAUGGUCAACAGCGGAGGGAUGGGAGUCCACUUUGACGGUCAACGUCAUCUCGACGAUGUUGCUGUGCUUCUUGUCACUGCCGAAGCUGUGCGAGACCGCCAGGAUGACCACAGAGCCUGGACACCUGUGCUUGACUGGCACGGUUGGUCACAUCUUUGCAAAGGGCAAAGCUCUCGUCAAGUCAGAGCCGAUAUUUGAGUCCCUGAACGACCCACUCACGGCCGACAUGACCGAUAGGUACCACCUCAGCAAGCUGCUGCUCAUACUUUGUUUCCGAGCGCUUUCUGAGAAGCUGGGAAAGCCAGGGCACAUGAUUGUUAGCUAUGUGAACCCAGGCUGGUGUCAGACGGAGUUGUUCAGAACCGACGAUGGCGGCGCGGGUGGUCGUUUUGGCUUAUGGUUGAUUGGAAGGACCGCGGAGGUAGGAAGUCGGACGUUGGUACAUGCAAUUACAGACGGCCCUCAUUCCCACGGCAAAUAUCUGAGUGAGUGUCGUGUCAAACCAGAGUCGGCAUUCGUGAGGAGCAAGGAGGGUGCCGCGGUGCAGGAGAAAGUCUGGAAGGAGAUGGUGAGGAUCUUAGAAGGCAUCAGGUCUGGGGUGACGCGACUCUGA